GAGAGAGAGAGAGAGAGAGAGAGGGAGAGAGAGAGAGAGGGAGAGUGUGUGUGAGUGAGAGAGCUGCAGUUCUGAUCCCAAAUGCCAUGGAAGAUUAUGCUCUGUCCUUCUGGAUUUAUAUGGGUGUGAUGUCUGUAUUUGUUGGAGGGGCCAUGAAGAAGAUCCUAGCGUCCCACAUUAGUGCGGCCCCAACGCUGGUGGCCUGGCUGGGGGUGACGGUGCUGGUGGAGAGGCUGUGCUCCCUGUGGCCCCCUGCCAUCCUGGUGCUGGCCAUCCUGUGUGCCGCGUGCUGUCUGUUCUCAGGCAAGAACGCCCCUGCACACACCCUCCCCACAGAGGGCAAGGCGGUCUUCAUCACAGGGUGUGACUCUGGCUUUGGAAAGGCGACUGCCCAGCGAUUGGAUGCGCUGGGAUUUGAGGUGUUCGCCAGCGUGCUGGACCUGAGUGGGCCAGGUGCUGUUGAGCUGAAGCGUGUGUGCUCCUCCCGGCUCACUCUCCUCCAGAUGGAUAUCACACAGCCCCAGGAUGUCCAGCAGGCCCUCAUCAGCACCAAGGCCAAACUAGGCCUUAGAGGUCUGUGGGGACUUGUCAACAAUGCAGGGGUGUGUGUCAACUUUGGAGAUGCUGAACUCUCGCUCAUGUCCAACUACCGAGGCUGCAUGGAGGUCAAUUUCUUUGGGACACUGAAUGUUACCAAGACGUUCCUGCCCCUUUUACGGCAAGCGCAAGGGAGAAUAGUGACUGUCUCAAGUCCAUCAGGGGAGCAGCCGUUUCCUUGCCUGGCAGCGUAUGGGGCCUCUAAGGCAGCUCUCAAUCUGUUCAUCAACACCUUGCGCCAUGAGCUAGAGCCCUGGGGAGUUAAAGUUUCCAUUAUCCUCCCUUCUUCAUUCAAGACAGGUCACUCCAGCAAUUCCGAAUACUGGGAAAAACAGUAUAAACAUUUCAUUCAAAAUUUGUCCCCGGGGCUGUUGGAGGAGUAUGGAGAGGAGUACAUGCUGGAGACCAAGGAACUAUUCCAGGGUCAUGCCAAGACAGCUAAUGAAGACCUGAGUCCAGUAAUCAACACCAUCACAGAUGCACUGGUGUCCCACCAGCCCAAAAUCCGUUACUAUGCCGGGCCAGGGGUGGGGCUUAUGUACUUUAUCUGCAGCUACUUUCCCAUGUUCAUCAGUGACAAAUUCCUGCAGAGACUCUUUGUGAAGAAAAAGGUCAUACCGAGAGCAUUAAGGAAACAGAACCUCCUCCUCAACAACAACAACAACAACAAUAACAACAACAUUAACAAAAUAGACCAGUCAAAAUAACUCUAUGUAAAGAGAUGUUAAUAGGACCACUUACUUUACAUACCCUUAGUGAUGUUUUCCAUUGCUCUAUACUUUUGUUUGUGUUUUGUGUUUUUUAAGGGAUCAUCAAAUUGCACCAAAAGGUAUAUGCCUCACCUCAUAGAACAUGGCAGAUUAAGUGACAUGGUGGCAAACCCUACUGUUCUACUGAGAUCAUUAUGAUUAAACACAGUUACUGUUUGUUUAGCAGCACAGUCAUGUCAAGAAGGUUCACAUUUGGUGACCUGUAACCCUUUGUCCCCUUUUUUACUCUCAAUGGGCUCUAACUGUAGAAGUAGAAUUACUAGAUUGGUUGCAGCAUUGUAACUGGUAUGCUUUGAAAUUAGUGUCCACCAUGGCUUCCUGCAUGGAUGCACACAUACUGUAGAAAUUAGCUAUCUGAUAUUUUAGAGUCAUUUCAAGUGAUGGUUUGUGUAUAAAAUGGUCACCUACAGCUCUCUUCCACUUGUCUGCUUCUCUAAAUAGGCAGGGCCAAUCUAGAAAUUCUAUACCUGUGUGUCAGUCAAUGCACUGUACUUAUACUGUGCCACAACCUGACCACAACACCCUCUUUCAGAGACGACCUCAUUUCUCAACUUUGUACAUACAGUACAUUCAUAUAUAAUUCUUAGUGCAUUAUUUGUUUAUGUCUAUUUGUUUUUCCCCACUGUUAUUCUUUAAAUCUGAGUGUUUGUCAGUUUUCCUCCUAAAUUACUAAAACUGUGAAUUUUGUAUAAAAAUAAAUAUAAAAAAAAUAAUGUAAAUUGUUCACCCAGUUCAUUGUUUGAUAGUAUUAAAGCCAAGUUUUUAAAUAUUCUGCCCUGCUCCUGUCUCUUAUAUUUACAAGUAAAAAAAAAAAAAAAAUCAAGAAUGUUUCUAUUAUGUAUUAGACUUGUUUACAACCCAUAUGAACUCUUCUGUUCUCUGUACUCAACCUCAACU